ACACACCUACAUAGUACAUACUAGCGAAAACCAUCUGUAAUCGCUUCGUGGGAAGAAGGAGGCUGAAAAAAUCACACCAGAAUCGUCCUUAGUUUCGGCGGGCGAAAGCCGUCUCUUGCCUUUGAGUUUGCAGCAGAAAAUUGGGACAUGCUGGCAUCACCACCUGCGCUCGACGGUGGAGGGCAGCAAGCCGUGAGGGGCUAUCGCUCUUGUUGAUAAUAUUUCGGUCGGACAAGAAAAUUGGCCACAAAAGACGUGGCAGUGCUUUUAAUUUCGGACUGUCAGACUCUCGCAUCCGUUCAAGAUGAACCCGAACAAGUAUGUUGCACUCAACCUGUCGAACCUCGCGGAUUCGACCGUGAAGCCAAGAAGGAGUCUGUGGAGGCUAUGGAACCAGCUGUCCCGAUUCCAGCGGUCCUUGCUGUAUGUCGGCUUCGCCAGCGCCGUUUUGAUGAUGAUAUACUUUUGGCCAAACGUUGUUAGCCAAGACAGCGAGCCUCUCGUCAUUAGCGUCGAGACCUUACCAAGCCCUCAACCUGCAGUGGAUGUAGGUGUUUUCAAAAAUGCAGAAAUCGACGGCCUCGACACUGGCAACAAAGAAGAGCAGCAGGGCGAGGCGGCCCUCGUGGCGGAGAGUGAAAUUAGAGAUCACGGAGCCCCACCGAAUGAGCCGCAGGUGGAAGAGCCGAUGUCUCAAAAAGCGGUCAGGUUCAAGGGUCCCACCACUGAACGCCAAAAAGCUGUGACGGCUGCCAUGCAGCACGCCUGGAAAGGCUACAAGGAAUUUGCCUGGGGACACGAUCACCUGAAACCUAUCUCGGGUGCUUACCACGACUGGUUCUUUUUAGGACUGACUAUUGUUGACUCGAUUGACACUUUGUACAUAAUGAACUUAAAAAAUGAAUACAUGGAAGCUAAGAAAUGGGUAGAGAAGAGCCUGCGAUUUGACAGAAACCAGGACGUCAACCUCUUUGAAGUGACCAUCAGGGUCCUAGGAGGGUUGCUCAGCUCUUAUCAUCUAACAGGAGAGAAAAUCUUCCUGGCCAAAGCGAUGGACCUGGGAGAAAGGCUGCUUCCGUGCUUUGAAUCUCCAUCUGGAGUGCCUUUCUCAGAUAUCAACCUGGGAAACCACAAAGCGCACUCGCCCAAGUGGAGCCCCGACAGCAGCACAUCUGAGGUGACCACCAUCCAGCUGGAGUUCAGGGAUCUCUCCUCCAGCACUGGAGAUCCUCGCUUUGAGGAGGCCGUCAGCAAAGUGUCAGAGCAUGUCCACAAGCUGCCAAAAACGGACGGACUUGUUCCGAUCUUCAUCAACGCAAACACAGGCCAAUUCCGAGUUUACUCCACCAUCACUUUGGGCGCCAGAGGGGACAGCUACUAUGAGUAUUUACUCAAGCAGUGGAUACAGACUGGCAAGAGCAUUGAAUACCUUCGUAACGAUUACAUGGAAGCUAUCGAAGGCGUGAUGAAACUGUUGAUCAAGAAGACUAGCAAGUCUGGUCUCCUCUUCAUCGGUGAGCUUCAGUCUGGUGCUCGUGAUUUCAAACCUAAAAUGGACCACUUGACGUGCUAUCUGCCUGGGACGCUUGCACUGGGAGUACACAAUGGAAUGCCAAAGGAACACAUGAAGCUGGCUGAAGACUUGCUGUGGACAUGCUACCAGACCUACGCACAAACGCCUACAUUCCUCGCCCCUGAAAUCACCUAUUUUCAGAUUCAGGACGCGAAUGCUGCUGACUUGCACAUCAAAAGCAACGACGCCCACAACUUGCUGCGUCCCGAGUUCAUCGAGAGCCUGUGGUACAUGUACCAGCUGACGGGCAACAAGACGUUCCAGGACUGGGGCUGGACCAUAUUCCAGGCGUUCGAGAAGUACACCAAAGUGACCAACGGCUACACAUCGAUCAACAAUGUGAAAUCACCAUCCAACGUGAAACCGAAAGACAUGAUGGAGUCGUUCUUCCUCAGUGAAACUCUCAAGUACUUUUACCUGCUAUUCUCCGACAAUCCUAAACUUAUCGACCUUGACGAGUACGUCUUCAACUCAGAAGCGCAUCCACUUCCGAUUUCCAAGAGCUGAAUUUAAUCUUGUUUAUAGAUGGGGACCAGAUCAGCAAUUUUCUCAUUUCCUAGUACAUUUAAAAACAGGUUUUACCCAAAAUGAAGCUCAAGCAUUGAUUUGUCUUGAGUUGUAAAAUUCUGUCAGUACUUCUUUAAUCGUCAAAGGCUAAGAAAAAUUAGGGAUUGUGUUUACACGAUGACAAAUCUUAAGAGUUAUCAUGUUAUAUUUUCCCACGUCUGCAUUUUGAAGCUAGUCUUGAGCACACUCUAAUGUUACAUGAUAUACAUAAUGCAGUGGAGUUAAAUUAUAGUUGAUGCGAGGUCCACUUAUUUGGGUGCUGUUAAAGGAUUUGAAUGCUAAGCAAUACGCUAUUUGUGCAAAGUUUGAAAAUUUUAGACGUUAUUAUAUAUGAAAACGACACAAUGCUCAACUCUGUGAAGUGACCCAUUUAACACUAAAAACGCACUUGUACAGGCGCAAGAAUAUUAGUUUUCGAGCUUUCGCGUGAAUCUGUGAUUUGUGGCUCAGUUUGUUGUUAAUCAUUUUGAUGUUCCUAAGUUGUACAGUU